AUGGAGCCCAGGUGGGAAUCAAUUAUGGCACAUUCACGGCAGACUUCCAGCCCUUUGUCAACUGUGCCAUUUACGCGCGAUCCAGAUUUUGUCCGUCGCGAGACACUGCUUGAUAAGAUCUACAGUAAGAACUCGGUCGCGGGGUCGAGGAUAGCGCUGAUUGGCCUCGGCGGUGUUGGGCAAGGGUAUUGUGGCCCUUUACACAGUCUAUCGCUCACAACUCGAAGAAAAUUGCAACUUGCGAUCGAGUACUCCUAUCAAGUCCGAUCCAAAUCACCGGCAACGUGGAUUUUCUGGGUCCAUGCGAGCAACGAAGCCCGAUUCGAGCAAAGUUUCCGGGACAUCGCGGACCAGGUUAAGAUCCCGGGUCGUCAAGAUUCCAAGACCAACAUAUUCAAUUUGGUCGAAAACUGGCUUCGGGAUAAGAAGACAGGGAAAUGGGUUUGUUCCCCUCAUAGUGUCGAUAACGAUCGGCUUCCUUGCACGGUUGCGGCGGCAGGCAAAGCAGAUCCGACGAGAGGCCUAACGAACACCACAACAAAACCACCAUUGGAAUAUGUCCCUAGAAGCGAAAAUGGAUCUAUCAUUAUCACGAGUCGGACUAGAGAGACGGCAUUGAAGAUGGUCGAUCACAGGGGCCUUGUUGAGAUAAACCCCAUGGAAAGAUCCGAAGCACGAGAGCUUCUUGAACAACCACGGGAAAGCGAAGAAAGCCAACAGUUGGUGAACGAGUUGGAAUUCAUGCCGCUAGCGAUCGUAAAGGCUGCUAGGUGGAUGGAAACACUGCAUUGCAUUAUCUUGCCACUGCUUUGA